GGUGUUUGCGGAUGGAAGAUGAAGUAUGGGGCGGAAAACAAUAAUCGUCAAACUGGUUUUUAAGAGUGUUGCGAAACCGCUUAUGUCCACCACGUGAAACAAACUCAUUUAUCGCGCCUUGCCCAACGCUGUAGUCGUCUUAAAAAGGUGAAACAGUUCCCACCACGCCGAUAUAUAAAGAGUUUGACGCCAGGACCGGCACGCACACCUGCUUGCUUGCACUCACCGACGACAUGAACACUCAGCUGGUUACCGUCCUGGCCCUGGCCGCUGCCGCCGCCGCCGCCAGGCCAAACUACAACUUCCGCUACGCGGUGCAAGACGGACGCUCUGGCAACGACUUCGGCCAUCAGGAAUCCCGUGACCUGGACAGCACCGUGGGCUCCUACCACGUCUAUCUUCCUGACGGCAGGUUGCAGCAGGUUUCAUACCGCGUCCACGGAGGCAGCGGCUACCUGGCUGAGGUCACCCACAAGGGCGAGGCUCGCUUCCCUGACUCUGGCUCAUAUGAGUCUUUUGAGUCUCGAGAAGUCCACAGGCCGCGCUACUCCACUGACUCCCUCGAGUCCCGUGAAGGAAGAGUCUUUGUCACCCCCAACUUCCACUUUUCCAGGCCCAGAAGCGGCUCAUUCUUCACUGCCCCUAGGCUGCGCGCGCCCGCCAGGUACGGCACCUCAUUCUUCAGACUCGGCGCCGCUGGAUCAGACGAGUCUUACGAGCGCCGUUUCGAUUCCAGCGACUCUCGCGAACACCAUUUCUUUUCCAGUGACUCUGACGAGGACAGCUUUGAUUUCAGCGACUCUCGCGAACACCGCUUCGGUUCCAGUAACUCUGGAGAACACCGUUUCUACUCUAGUGACUCUGACGAACUCCACUUCGAUUCCAGUGACUCCCGCGAACACCGCUUUGAUUCCAGCGGCUCUUUCAAACAUCGUUUCGGCUCGAGGAAGUCACUGGAACUUCCCUUCAACCACAGGAAGACUGGAGGGAACUUCCUGAGGCUUGGCUCCCGCACCUACUACUACUGACGGGGCUGCAGCUCACUCACUCACUGGGCUCAUCCCACACCCCAAGACUCCUGACACCAAGGAUCUGUUAUUUAUCUAGCUUAUUUAAUGAUUGGACUUAUGAAAUA